AUGAAAGUGGGUUGUUCUUCAAAUUUUGUGGAGGCAGUACUGCUCUGUCUCAUUUUGUUCCCGAUCGGCAUCUUGGCUGACAUGCUACUACGUUUUAGGAAAGAUGGAACCUUUAAGAUACUGCGAGUGGCAGAUAUGCAUUAUGCAAACGGCAAAAACACGACUUGUGAAGAUGUGUUUCCGAGCCAAGAGCCUUAUUGCUCUGACCUCAACACCACUGCCUUUCUCGAAUGCACGAUCCUUGCUGAGAAUCCCGAUCUCAUUGUUUUCACAGGAGAUAAUAUCUAUGGGUUCGACUGUCACAAUCCAAAGAAGUCUCUGAGUGAUGCAUUUGCACCAGCAAUCGCAUCCAACAUCCCAUGGGCUGUCAUUAUGGGAAACCAUGAUGAUGAGUCUUCACUCUCAAGGGAAGACGUAAUGAAAUAUACGGCUACGUUAAAGAACACACUGUCUAAAUUUAAUCCUGAGAGUGCUGAUUAUAUUGAAGGUUUUGGAAACUAUAACCUGGAAGUUGGUGGAGCUGAGGGCUCUAAGUUUGAAAACAAAUCGGCCCUCAAUCUCUACUUCCUAGACAGUGGCAAUAAUGCAGACUGCUGUGCGGAUAGAGAUUUUCCAUCGCCAGGGCCGUCGGAGGUUCAUCGAAUUGUAUAUGGCUAUGAUUGGGUCAAAAACUCUCAACAAUUUUUGCUCCUACAGACUUCUAAAAGGCUUCAGCAAGAAUACAUGGCCGAUGCAGAGGCCCUAAAAUUGAGAGUAGCUGCACCUGCACUUACAUUCCUUCACAUUCCUCCGCCAGAAUUUAACAGUAGUAUGUUGUCGAAAAAAGUUGGUGUGCAACAAGAAGGUGUUAGCAGUCCUUCUGUGAACUCUGGCUUAUUCACAUCCUUGGCUGGUGCAAAAGAUGUGAAGGCUCUUAUUGUUGGCCAUGAUCACAUCAAUGACUACUGUGCUGAACUAUUUGGUUUGCAACUCUGUUACGGUGGAGGAUUUGGACACCAUGCUUAUGGUCUGGCUGGAUGGGCAAGGAGAGCAAGAGUUGUGGUUGUGAACUUGGACAAAACCGAAAAUGGCUGGGGACCAGUCCAGUCAAUCAAAACUCGGAAGCGCCUUGAUGAUGCAAAUUUCACCGCCAUUGAUGAUCAGCUACUCUGGGAUUUGGAGUAUGCCUAG